AUGCAGAAUGCUUUAGUUGCCGAAGUUGCUUUACAAACUCAACACAUAGCCGACUCCAGUAGUGAUCCGAACUCCAUUGAUUGGAUAGCCUUAUUUGAGAUGGUUUUAGGUGCCUCCGUAGCGGGUACACAUGCUCCCUCCCAGUGGCAGUCACAGUUACAAACACCGCAACCAACACGAGAUGCGGAUGUUAACACUUUUCUCCAAAACCUGGUGUUUGUGACAUCAAUUGGAGAUAUUAUCUGUUCAUUUAGCAAGCAAGUCGACAAUGCAACCAACAAUGAUGAGGAAAAUGACCAUGGGGAAGACGAUUAG